GAGUGCAUCUUUAAAUCAAUUUGCAAAGAAGAACAAUCCGCAUUUUCAAGAACAAAUUAAGGAUUUGGGGCUUAAAGGAACUGCUGUCUUCUUAAAAGAUAAACUAAAAUUUGACGGAAUUAUUAUGAAAGGUUUCUUUGAAGAUACAAUCAAUGAUAUAUUAGAUCAUAUAAAAACACUUCUGGAGAAAUAUCCAAACGUAAAUCACAUUCUCCUAGUUGGUGGUUAUGGUGAAUGCUUUCUUCUACAAGAAGCAAUACGAAGAAAAUUUCGGAAUAAGACAUUGAUUGUUCCACAGGACUGUGGACUUGCAGUAGUUAAAGGUGCUGUCUUAUUUGGGCAUAACCCCGAGACAAUAUCUGAAAGAAUCUUGAGAUAUUCGUAUUUUUCAAAUACAAGAAGAAAAUUUGACCCUUGCAUUCAUGACAUUAAAAGAAGAGAAGUUUCUGAUUUUGGUGAUGAAACCUGUAAAGGCACCGUAACAAAAAUUAUCACAGCUGGAACAACCAUUGUGUCUAAAGGAUUAGAGAUCGAAAAGGGAAUGUCUGCGCUGCGAAAAGACAGUAAACAUAUAUCAUACAAGAUUUAUUAUUCAGAGGAAAAUGACCUUCUGUACAAUGACUCUGAAGACUGCAAACCUUUUGGAACAAUCCGAGUACCAUUGGCAGGUGAUGAGGAAAAAAAGAAAAGAUGCAAAGUUGUUUUUACUUUUGGUCUCACUUCUAUUCAGCUGAAGGUGAGGAAUUCAGCAGGCGAGGAGGUUGAAAGGUCAUUUGAUCUUCUCGAAUGAUAGAUGGUCUGAGACAUUUCAGGGCAUAAUCAGG